AUGCCUGCUAAAAUUUGUCUUGGGUUAUACAACUUCAAAAAUCUCUAUACUAUUUUAUAUUAUCUGAUAAACAACACCAAUUUCAAGUGUUGGAAGAGCAUUAAAAUAGUUUUUUCUGAAAAGUGUGUAUAGCAUAGAAUCUACAGAUACGUUUAUUUCAGCCACUUAAAACUCAUAAGCUAAUUGUGUUAAUUGUGUAUCAGAUAUAUAGCUUUGCUGAAGAUGGCAAUUUAAAUCUUAGCAACUUUGUUCAAAACAUUUUUCAUAGCAAAUUACUUGGUGGUAUUAAAAUUUACUUAAAUUGUAUGCUAAGCAACUAGCCAUUUAUUAGAGAAAUUAGUUCUUGUACUUGAUAUUUAACAUCUCGAAAUCGCUGAGCUGAUGAGCAAUGAAGAGAUAUAGGUGACUUAUUUAAAACUUAUGAGCUGGCUAUAGAUUAGCUUCACAACUCCUAAUUCAAUUUUAUUUCAUCAUCACCGAAUGAUUUCAACAAUUUUAUGAAUCGCUCCCUCACAUAUACUUACUGUAAGCUCCAAAAAAUUAAAGAUGCUUAUAUUACUAAAUGCAUGCUUGACUGUGUCCCUUAUUUUAU